AUGACUUCCCACGAAAAGGGAACAGCCGAUCCUGAGAUCGCAAAGACUGCCUCUUACGACUAUGAAGCCCAGGACAUUGCUGCCAUCAAGGAGGGAACUUCCAAUGAGCUCCCUGGAGAGCAGCUCCAGCGUGGUCUCCACUCUCGACAAGUUUCUAUGAUUGCUAUUGGUGGUGCACUUGGUACUGGACUUAUCAUUGGAACCGGCAAAGCCCUCGCUCAGGCUGGCCCCGGUUCCAUCUUGAUCGCAUACAGUUUCGUCGGUCUUCUCGUCUGGAUUGUCAUGGCUGCCGUCGGUGAAAUGGCUGCUUGGAUUCCCGUUGCUGGUGGGUUCAGUCCCUUCGCUACUCGUUUCUGUGACCCUGCACUUGGCUUUGCUCUGGGUUGGACUUAUUGGUUCAAAUACAUCAUCGUCACGCCGAAUCAAUUGACGGCUGCGGCGUUGGUCAUAUCAUAUUGGGUCGACGCGGACAAAGUAAAUCCGGGUGUCUGGAUCACAAUCUUCCUCAUUGCCAUUAUCGCUAUCAAUUAUCUGGGUAUCCGCUUCUUCGGAGAAUUCGAAUUCUGGCUCUCUUCAAUCAAGGUCUUGGUCGUUUGUGGCAUGAUCAUCCUGUCUCUCGUUCUCGCGCUCGGAGGUGGCCCAGAUGGCGACAGGAAGGGCUUCAGAUACUGGAAGAACCCCGGAGCUUUCAAAGAAUACAAGGGUACGGGCGACGCCGGCCGCUUCUUCGGUUUGUGGAGUUCCAUGGUUACCGCUGUCUUCGCCUACCUUGGAACAGAAUUGGUUGGUGUUACAGUCGGUGAAGCCGAGAACCCUCGCAAGACCAUUCCUAGAGCUAUCAGAUUGACCUUCUUCCGUAUUGUCUUCUUCUACAUCCUUUCGGUCCUUCUAGUCGGCAUGAUCGUCCCUUACAACAGCCCCAAUCUCGCUUUCGCUACCAAGCAAUCCAACUCUGCUGCUGCGUCGCCUUUCGUUGUUGCCAUCCAGCUUGCUGGCAUCAAGGGUCUUCCUGGAUUCCUGAAUGCUUGCAUUCUGAUCUUCGUCUUCAGCGCCUGCAACUCCGAUCUCUACAUUGCCAGUCGUACCCUCCACGGUCUUGCUCUCCGUGGCCAAGCACCCAAGAUCCUGGCCAAGACUGACAAGCGUGGUGUUCCUUACUACGCCCUCGGUUCCUCUGCUCUGUUCUGUCUGUUGGCAUACAUGAACGUCUCAUCCAGCAGCAAGGAAGUCUUCGGCUACUUCGUCAACCUGACCACUAUUUUCGGUCUGCUGACUUGGAUCUCCAUCCUCGUCACCCACAUCUACUUCCGCCGCGCCUGCAAGGCCCAAGGCGUAACCCCCAAGCAACUCCCCUACGCCGCACCCCUCGGCAUCUGGGGCUCCUACUUCUCCCUCUUCUGGUGCUGUUUGAUUGCCCUGACCAAGAACUUUGCCGCGUUCACCCACGAUAAGAGCUAUGGCAACUUUGACUACAAGAACUUCAUCACUGGAUACCUUGGUAUUCCUCUGUAUCUGAUCUUGCUCUUUGGAUUCAAGUUCAUCAAGAAGACCAAGGGUAUCAAGCCCCAUGAGGCUGAUCUGUUCACUGGCAAGGAUGUCUUUGAUCGUGAUGAGGAAUACUGGAAGGCUGUUGAGCAUGAGAAGGAUCGUAAGCGUGAUGGAAGUUGGUUCUACAAGACUUUCCUGUCUUGGCUGUUCUAG